AUGGCCUCAUUACCAAAAAGAAUUAUAAAAGAAACAGAAAGAUUAAUCAGUGAUCCUGUCCCUGGGAUUACUGCACAACCUCACGAAGAUAAUUUACGUUAUUUUAGUGUCACUAUCGAAGGCCCAAAGGAUUCUGCUUAUGAAAAUGGUGUUUUCGAAUUAGAAUUGUUUUUACCAGAUGAUUAUCCUAUGGAAGCACCUAAAGUACGUUUUCUAACUAAGAUCUACCAUCCAAAUAUCGAUAGAUUAGGCCGUAUAUGUUUAGAUGUAUUGAAGAACAAUUGGUCUCCAGCAUUACAGAUAAGGACUGUCCUAUUAUCUAUUCAAGCUUUACUAGCCAGUCCAAACCCCAAUGACCCAUUAGCUAAUGAUGUUGCUGAAGAUUGGAUUAAAAAUGAAAAAGGUGCCAUUGCAAAGGCUAAGGAAUGGACUAAAUUAUAUGCCUCUAAGAAGUAA